ACAACCAUGGCUAACACCAACAAUGAGUGGCUCCAUAUGUACCAAAACAACCUCACCGGGCCACCACAGCCUGGUGCGGUCAGGUGGCCCGGUGAGGUCACGGACGCUACUACCGUCACCACCACGGCGACGAGUAGCGUCUCUAGUCAGUUGGGCCGUGUAGCACGGCCCAAUAAUCCGCGACGCAGGACCAGAGCGUCGCGGAGGACUCCAACCACCUUACUUAAUACCGACACCACUAAUUUUCGUGCCAUGGUGCAGCAGUUUACUGGUGGAAACUUUUGUGGUGGUGGUGGUGGUGGUUCUAGUGAAUAUAUGGCGGCUCCGGCUGCGGUUGCGCCACGCCAGCCUUUGAGUAGUUAUAAUAAUAGUAACAAUAAUAAUUCAUCUGGUUUGAAUUAUUAUGGGAUGGGAUCAAUGAAUAUACCGGCUGUCGCGGGUGGGUACAAUAUGGAGUUCCGGCAACCGCAGCAGCAGCAUUACUACACGGUUGUGGCGGAUAACGGCGGUGGUGGUGGUGAUCAUCAGCAUGGGUUUGUUUAAAGCCUGAGGAUCUAAUUGUGACAAGAAGCUAAGAAGACAACUUGCAUAUUCUCAAGCUUCAUGAAAGAUUAAAAAAAAAA